AUGGAAGAGCUGGUGGCAGCACCCAACGGCGGUCAGCAACGUGGGAAAUUGGACGAGAUCGAAAGACUGGUUCCGAAGCAACGAAGCAACGAUAACUCGAGUAAAGAGGAAUUUUCCUUUCACACGUUUCCUGCUCCGACAUCGCGACUCGGUUACAGAAGCAACGCAAGUUGGAGUCGUGACCGAUCGAGGAAUUCCUGA